AUGGACAAGUCUGCCGCCAGGACCAUGGAGCUGAAGGAGAACACGACCAUCGUCGUGCUCGGCGCCUCGGGCGACCUGGCGAAGAAAAAGACCUACCCCGCGCUUUUCGGACUGUACCGAAACCAGUUCCUCCCCAAAGACGUUAGGAUCGUCGGGUACGCUCGCACCAAGAUGGACCACGAGGAGUACCUGCGGAGGAUCAAGUCGUACAUGAAAACGCCCACCAAGGAGAUUGAGCAGCAGCUGGAGAAGUUUUGCGGCCUGUGCUCGUACAUCUCGGGCCAGUACGACAAGGACGAAUCCUUCGAGAACCUGAACAGGCACCUGCAGGAGCUGGAGAAGGACCGGCCGGAGACGCAUCGCUUGUUCUACAUGGCGCUGCCGCCCAGCGUCUUCACCAUCGUCUCUCAACACCUGAAGAAGUGCUGCUACCCGACCAAGGGCAUCGCCCGCGUCAUCGUCGAGAAGCCGUUCGGCAAGGAUCUUGCCAGCUCCCGUGAGCUGCAAAAGUCUCUCGAGCCCGACUGGAGGGAGGAGGAGCUCUUCCGCAUCGACCAUUAUCUCGGCAAGGAAAUGGUCAAGAACAUCCUGAUACUCCGCUUCGGCAACUCCUUCCUGGGCGCCACCUGGAACAGGCACAACAUCGACAACGUGCAAAUCACCUUCAAGGAGCCCUUCGGCACCGAGGGCCGAGGAGGGUACUUUGACGAGUUCGGCAUCAUCCGAGACGUGAUGCAGAACCACCUGCUGCAGGUGCUCACCCUGCUCGCCAUGGAGCGACCCCUCUCGUUCGACUCGGAGGACAUCCGCGACGAAAAGGUCCGCGUUCUCCGCGCCAUUUCCCCCAUCGAGCCCAAGAACGUCAUCAUCGGCCAGUACGGCCGGUCCCUCGACGGCAGCAAACCGUCGUACAAGGAGGACGACACGGUGCCCAAGGACUCGAGGUGCCCUACCUUUUGCGCCCUCGUCGCCCACAUUAAGAACGAGCGCUGGGAUGGCGUCCCGUUCAUCAUGAAGGCCGGCAAGGCGCUCAACGAGCAGAAGACGGAGAUACGAAUCCAGUUCAAGGACGUCACCUCGGGCAUCUUCAAGGACAUCCCGCGCAACGAACUUGUCAUGCGCAUCCAGCCGAACGAGAGCGUCUACAUCAAGAUGAAUUCGAAGCUGCCCGGGCUCAGCAUGCAGACCGUCGUCACCGAGCUCGACCUCACCUACCGACGGCGCUUCUCCGACCUCAAGAUUCCGGAGGCGUACGAGUCCCUGGUGCUCGACUGCCUCAAGGGCGAUCACUCCAAUUUUGUGCGUGACGACGAGCUCGACGCAAGCUGGCGCAUAUUUACCCCCCUCCUCCACUACCUCGACGACAACAAGGAAAUCAUCCCCAUGGAGUACCCGUAUGGCUCCCGCGGCCCUGCCGUCCUGGACGACUUCACGGCCUCGUACGGUUACAAGUUCAGCGAUGCUGCUGGAUACCAGUGGCCGACCACGGUCGCCGCCUCUCCCCACAAGUUGUACGUUUUCGCCGCCGCCGCCGCAUGCGUGAAGAUGCCCCCAUCACGCCCGGGCAGUCGACUGCUCGUGCGUGCCUCUUGGCUGACCAUGACGCAGUUAAUAUCUACCGGUUGGAAGAAAGUAAGCUCCUUGUGGGCUGGCCAUGACUGGAGCGCUUCCCGCUCACCUGCAACUCGACACCUCUCGCCGCCGACCGACACCGACGCCGCACGCUCGCUGCUUGGCACAUCUCUGGAGAAGGCGCACGCCAUCUGCGACAAGGCGCCGUUUCAAUCUGCAUGCGACUCACCAACGCGCCUCGGCUGCCUGCGAAGGAUACGUGCGGGACUCCGCCAGGGGGCGGAUAUGCCUGGCGUCGUAGGCGAGCCGGACGGCCACAAGGGCACUCGCAGCGACCACGAUAGGGACUCCGCCGUCGACAGCUUUAAUGGCCCGCGCUCCGCCGAAGACCAGCGGACUGCUGCGCCCGAUAAGGGCAAGGCUCUCGCCGCCGACAAGGACCAUGAAGCCGUCGGCAGCGGAGAGGCCGUCGACGUGCCCGCCCUGCCGCCCUCCACCGAUGCAGCCUCGCACGAGGUCGAGCGGUCCGACGAAACGCGCUCGAGGAUGAAUGAUCUACCGGACGAGAUCAUCCACAUCACUCAAGGGUUUAUUCCGCUAUCGCUGUUGCUCUCGCGACUGGCCCAAGUGUCGCACAACACUCUCCAGGAAAAGAUUGUAGAGCUCUCCAAAAUGCCGCUACCGGGGGCCCUCGUCAACGGAAAUGCGGCCUACAGCUCGGCCGGAGCCGACGACAGCUCCAACGAGAAUCUCCGCAAGAAGGCGGCGAUAGCAAACCUUGCGCAGGACUUGCAUGGGAAGUGGCUCAAGGCGCUGGUCAUCGCAGAAUGGAGCCGAAAAUCCGGCAUGGUCAGCAAACUGAUAGAUCUGAAGUUCCACAUCGACCAACAAAGGAUGCUGUACGAUGCCGCGCUUGACAACAUCGCCAACGUCAAGCGCGACCUGACGUUUGCGCGGAUGCCGAGUCCUGACCUGAAGACGGCACUGCAAGUUCUCGCCACCGGCUCCGCGCCCUGGAUGCCCGAUCUCAGCUACAUCGAGCUACCUCCUUUGACGCCUGGCGAGCAGCUGAGAUGGAUGAACGAGCUGGAUACCCUGCUCUCGCUCCGAUUGAACAUCAACGACUACGACAGCAUACCGUAUCAUUUCCGAAACUACAAGGUUGGCCAAGGGCGCGUGACUUUCAUGGUCGAAGGCGAGUUCGAGGUCGACCUGACCAUCGCGGACGAGGAUUUCGACAAGCAGCUAUGGUUCAUCGACUUCCGAUAUGCCUUCACCCCCGCAGCCUCUUCCCUGUCCGACUCGCUGCGGGCAUACUUGGAAGUUUGCGUCAACGAAGCCCUGAGCAAGGACGGCUUGGCGGGUUGCUACCAGUUUCUGCACGAGUUUGUCCUGACGUGCAAGAUCAACGAGCUCAAACGUCAGGCUACGCAGUUGAGCAGAAGCUCCUGGAGCGGGACUCUGACGAUCGAGCCACUGAAUCGCGCCCUGGCCAUUCAGUACUGGACGCCCCGGGCAGCAGUUACGGGAACGAAAUCCUGGAUUCUGGUGACGGUCAACAGCGCCCGCACGUCUGGCGGAACGAGCGACCCUAAAUCGUCAAGCUUCAUCACCGCGAAAUGGUACCGCGACAACAAGGAGGUCACAGAGGUGGACAUUGAACUGGACAAGGAGCACCUUUCUGCCGAAGACCUCCUGACCAACGUCGUGGGCCGCCACGUUGGCUUCCUCCUGACCAGCAUACGCAGCAAGCUGAUGUCGGCCGCACGAUUCCAGAGUCGGGACUCUAGCAUGGAUCUUGGCGUUUCUCUGCGUGACCCGACCGCAUCGUACCUGUCAAUUCAAGUCGGAUACGGCGACAAGGUGACGCUGUUGGUGGAACCGACGACUGGUGCAUUCGUGCUGAAGCCUCACUCCAAGUUCGCCAUCCAAUACGAGCACCAGCUGAACGCGGUCAAGAAUCCGGCCGAGGAGGGAGGGGCCUGUCUGGAAAAGGUGCGGUGCGCGAUGAUGGAGAAUGAGCUCAACAGGCAGGCCAAUUCCAUGGGAUGGCACCUGCAAAAGUCACCCUUGACCCUUGAUCAGAUGAAGUCGGUGACGGAGCUCUGCGAAUGGUCCCGCGCCGUCUGGCUCCAGAAAGACGGCUGGGGCGCGAGCUGGUUUGUGGCCAUCUUCCUCGGCGUUGGCGGAGACGAAUGGUGGCUUCUCGAAGCGUCAGUCCAACUCCCCGUGCAGGCAACCCCAUCCGCCGGUGCUAACGAGCCUCAAAGGAACCGCAACGAUACGAGGCGCGUCAUCAGUUUCAAGCAACAGCUGCCGCUCAGCAUGGGAUACCCCGACCUAUCAGAGGGCUUCUGGAACAGCCUGGCCCUGUUCGGGACGGGCCUCAUCUCGCAGUCGGUGGACCUGCGCGAGCUGAAUCGACAAGGAAUCAAAAGCAAACCGGGCGGCAGCGUCGACUUGUUGCUUCCACAGCAAGUGCGGAACCCUUCGAUCGAAAUCUCGCUGUCCGCCUUGUUCCCCGCCAUGGUUGCUGGCGGUUCUAGGAGAAAGUCAGGCCGGACUCGGGCUUCGUCCGAGAGCGACUCCGUCGGCGCCGAUAACGCGGAGCUGUUCUCGCUCAUGCGAAAGUACACCGGCGCAGCCGUGGCGCCGAGACAAUCGUGGGCAGAUGACGCCGUAUCCAUCCACUUCAAGGGGAUCCGGACCCGCGCCAAGGGUGGCGAAGAACCCGAGGAAGAUGAUGGCUCGGCGGCCAAGGGGAUCAGGCUCACUUGCAUCUCGGACGCCAUCAUCAGGGUGCAACGACCUGCCAAGUUCGAGAUCCUGAAGGACACGGUAGACCACGAUGUCUCGUACAAUCCUCGCAAAGGCGAGUUCUCGCUUCGAAUUCGGCGAGGGGUGGACGAGCCCAUUCUGGAAGCGCUCAAGUCCCGGAUCAAGGCCAUCGAUCGGUUUGUCAGCUCGUUCGAGGCCUUGCAGAACGCAGGCGGCGCCAUCAGGCGGGUGACCGUCACACUGCGCAUGGUGGCGUUCACCUACGGCGAGCCGGCGCCUCAGGAGACAGGACGGCAGGAGGACGAGUCGAGCCGGCAGACGGACGCACAGCUGCCGUCCAAGCGGUGGCUAAUGGUGCUUGACCUGUCGAUGGACGACAUCGGCAUCGAGCUCGAGGCGGGCAACCCCCACCUUCGAGUCGUCGACUUGAUGCGGAGCCUGGUUAACGGCGAAGGAGGCAUCGGCGCACUCAUGGCAUGGCUGCCGGCGUCUCUCCCUACUCUGACGGCGAUAGAGGAGAUGCAGUCGAAGUGGGAGGACGAGCCGUGGGGCAAGCGGGCGCAGAUGGAGUUCUCGAUGAAGACGAUGGCUUGGAUAAGCAUCACCUACACCAUGACGUCGUCGUCAGGAGGCACCGAGGAGAAGAAGCGCGUCGCACUCGACGUACGGCUGCAGCCAAGACAGGAGGAGGCCUGGUGGCACAUCUCGCGCUCGGAUGCGGGUGCCGCAACCGAUGAUGAGUUCACCAAGGCGCUGAAGCCCAUCUGGAAUGGAAACGGAGACGGCUGGCUGGGCCUCCUAACCGGUGCAGCGGGUAAGCCUCGUGGCGGCAUGGUGAACAUGCUCCGCGCCGUCAACGAGGCCAUCGGCGUCGCCGUCCGAGGCAACGAGCAGGAUGGAAAAGAUGGGCAAGGCGAGGGCAAGCCAUAG